UCUCUGGAACUUCACAAAAUGCAUCCCCUCCUCUUAUUUACACUCUUGUUUCUUCUAAUUUUGCUCUUAAAAUUCGUGCUCUCAAACGUAUGGAUCCCUUGGAGAAUCCAACAGCACUUCGAGAGGCAAGGCAUAAGAGGUCCUGGCUGCCGUCCGAUGUCCGGUAACGCAGCCGAGAUCCGCCGUCUAUACGCGGAAGCACAAACCAGCUCGACUUCGUUUAAUCACGACAUCCUUCACAGAGCGGCGCCGUUUUAUCAUGAGUGGUCACGCAAGUACGGGAAGACGUUUCUGUGCUGGUUUGGAUCCAACCCCAGGUUGGCCUUAUCCGACCCGGAAAUGAUCAAGGAGGUUCUCAUGAAUACGAGUGGAGCUUUCGAGAAGAUCGGGUAUAACCCGUUGACGAAGGUGCUCUUUGGAGAGGGACUUGUUGGGCUUGAAGGUGAUAAAUGGGCCUUCCAUAGAAGGAUAGUCAAUCAGGCUUUUAACAUGGAGCGAGUUAAGGGUUGGGUGCCAGACAUUGUGGCUAGUGUAGCAAAAAUGCUUGAGAAGUGGGAGGAAAUGAGAGGAGGAAGAGAGGAGUUUGAAAUGGAUGUGCACAAAGAACUGCAUAAUCUGUCAGCUGAUGUAAUAUCUAGGACAGCCUUUGGAAGCAGUUACGAAGAAGGGAAGCGAAUUUUCGCAUUACAGGAACAGCAAAUGCACUUAUUCUCCAAGGCUAUAAGAAGUGUCUACAUUCCUGGGUUCAGGUUUUUACCAACCAGGAACAACAGAGAGAGGUGGAGAUUGGAUAGGGAAACUUGUAAAUCGAUACGUGGGCUGAUAAACGGAAACAACGUAAUAGAAUCAAAUUCGAGGAAUCUACUUAGUUUACUAAUGUCUGCAUAUACGAAUCAGGAUGGUGAAGAGGAGACAUUAUCUGUGGAAGAUAUUAUAGGUGAAUGCAAGACCUUCUAUUUUGCUGGGAAGGAAACAACUGCUAAUUUCAUGACUUGGGCACUUCUCCUUCUAGCAUUGCAUCAGGAUUGGCAAAAUAAGGCACGAGAAGAAGUAGUUCGGAUUUGUGGAGAUCAUGGGUUUCCAACUUCGGCAAAUUUAAUUGACCUCAAGAUUGUGAGUAUGAUACUGAAUGAAACGCUUCGACUCUACCCACCAGCCGUGAUGCUGAUGAGACAAACAGCAAAGGAGGUUAAGCUUGGUAGUCUUGACAUCCCAGCUAAAACGCAACUGUACUUAGCCUUGACUGCUGUCCAUCAUGACACUGGAAUAUGGGGAGACGAUGCUAACAAGUUCAAUCCAUUAAGAUUUAAAGAGUCUCGGAAGCACUUAGCUUCGUUUUUCCCAUUUGGUUUAGGUCCCAGAAUUUGCGCUGGUCAAAAUCUAGCGAUGCUGGAAGCGAAGAUUGUCCUAGCUAUGAUCAUCAGACAAUAUUCGUUUGUGGUAUCGCCCACAUAUGUUCACACCCCUACAUUGUUCAUAAGCUUGCAGCCUCAAUAUGGAGCGCAAAUCAUCUUUAGCAGAAUUUAAACAGAGCAUGUGCUAGUGCUAUUUUGUUGUUUGGCUUCCUUGUAUUAAAGCUUAAUAUCAUACAAGAAUGUAUGUGUAGCACAGUUUGCUGAAGUGAGUGAUCAAGAUACCAUGAUUGUCUUACUUUUAGUUUUGAAUCCAAUUCAUCGAACAGGUUAAGUCGAUGUC